GCUUUCUCUAUGGUUGCUUCUACAAAUUAGUAUUUUGGAAUUUUCUCAGCACCAUGGUCAGAAUUCACGCAGCUAGGACACUCCCCGUCAACCCACCAGACGCACCAUUCGUGCUGACCCGCCGGCAACUGUGGAAAGCGCUGCAGCGCAAAAUCCGCCACGCCGACGAGUUCGUCCCUGCAAUGAAGAAAUGCGUCGUUGUGAAAGAUAGCAAUGACAUUGUGCUGCGAGAAUGUUUGCUGGAGACGCCGUCUGGGGAGACGAAGACUAUGACGGAGGAGGUGACCAGUCAUGGAGAGCAAUUUAUCAUAUUUCGUCAGCUUGAUGGGUCGGUUACUACCAAUCUUGUGUCUAAUGGGGAAGAUCUGGGCGAUCGCGGUCUUCAGUUGACGUAUUUCUUUGAGUGGGACCAUCCUGAUAUUCAGGAGGGGACCCCGGCCUAUGAUGAGGCUGUGGAGCAGAAGAAUACAAUUGGUUUGAUGGCCGUCAAGAAAUCAAUUGAGACGGCGCGGCAGCUCGUCCAGGAUAGUGUCAUCGAUGGCUGAUUCGAGAAAGCAUUGGAGACAUAGACGGCUUGGCUAUCUCUAUUGGGAUCUAGUGAGUGAGGCAUAUGCCCACGUGAGGUUUAUGGUAUCAGUCACGACAUUCAGCAUUUCGUUGGUGUAAAAAGCGACAAGAAUAACAUGGGCCUGUUAUGUACUCCAAUCCAAUUCAACCUAGCCAUACCGCCGAGCCAAAUCUCUCAUGUCACCAAGCAUUUGUUCUCUUAG